GACAAAACAGAGAUAAAUAAAGGAAUCGCCAUUUUGUGUUAUUGUUAAAAAAAGGGAAUAUAAAUUUUAAAGCUGCAUUAUUCCUGAACAUCAUUGAACUAAAUAAACGGUUUUUAAACGGAAUGUGUCUGUGAUAGGUUUAACUGGCUGUUCGAAACCGUAUUUUUAAGUGAUAUGCAAUAGUUGUAAAUAAUUACCCAGUUUGUUUUUGCUUGUAAGAAGUUAGUUGGAGAAGGAAGAGAAAAAGACCCGGAUUUAAGAUGAGCUCAAAGGACGAUGAAUACGAUUAUUUGUUUAAAGUCGUCCUGAUUGGAGAUUCGGGAGUAGGAAAAAGUAAUUUAUUAUCAAGAUUUACUAGAAAUGAAUUUAACCUGGAAUCAAAGUCCACAAUAGGAGUUGAAUUUGCUACUCGUAGUAUACAGGUGGAUGGUAAGACAAUAAAAGCCCAAAUAUGGGACACUGCUGGCCAAGAAAGGUACCGUGCUAUAACUGCUGCUUAUUACAGAGGCGCAGUGGGUGCUCUCUUAGUUUACGAUAUUGCCAAGCAUUUAACUUACGAGAACGUUGAAAGGUGGCUUCGUGAAUUAAGAGACCACGCCGAUCAAAACAUCGUAAUCAUGCUAGUCGGGAACAAGUCCGAUUUGAGACAUUUAAGGGCCGUUCUUACCGAAGAAGCUAAAGCCUUUGCCGAAAGAAACGGUUUAAGUUUUAUCGAAACAUCCGCGCUGGAUUCCACCAAUGUCGAUCUUGCUUUCCAAAAUAUACUCACAGAAAUCUACAGAAUCGUAUCGCAAAAACAAAUCAGGGAUCCGCCAGAAGGCGACACCAUCCGCCCACAAAACGUAGAGCCAAUCGAUGUCAAACCCACCAUGAAUUCGGACAGUGUGCGCAAGCAAUGUUGCCAGUAGUCAAUGGAUAAUUAGCAAUAUUAUAUUUACGUCUCUACACAGAUUUCAAGUAGUUGUCUUUACAGAGGUGCAAGUUUGAAGAAUUACGACUUUGCACAGUGCAACUGGACCUCAUAAUAUUGAUUUAUACAAAACAUUUAACCAUACCAUAAAUAAAUAUAUCUAAUUAAAAGAUAAAAAAAAAAGAUUAGGCUAUUUAAAACAUUUUUAUCAAUUAAUUGAUUUGUUUUUUUUUAAGCGACUUUUAGAUAAUUAUUGUAUCAGGAGGGUUUUAGUAUAUUUAAAAUUGUUUAUGUUUUUACUUUAUCUCAUGCGGGUUAGCCCUGGUAACCUAAAGUAUAUCACCAUUCUUGCUUGCAGAACAAUGUUCCUUUCACUAACAAUUUUAAAUAUCCUAAAAAAAAAAUCCUCAUAUGUUAUAAAUGGAGAUAAAUACAUACAUGCUUAAUGCAUUGUGAUUAUAUAUUAGUAUGUAGUAUAAUUUUCAAGGUGCGUUAUAUUAUUAUAUUAUUUAGUGUUUCUGUUGUCAGGUAUAAAGAUUUGUAAAUUUUAGAGCAAAACACUUAAAACUGUUAACAUUUUCAUCCUUUUUUUUGUAUCAUUGUUCAUAUGCCUACAAAAAAAAAAUACUAGGAUUUUAUAUUUUAUAGUACCUGUUCAAAUUCUUUGCCACAAAAUUUAGGUUAUUUUUGUUUUGAUAUUAUAUUUUGCCACCAAGAAAAAACACUAUGGGAUGGUACUCGGUACUUUUAAAGCGAAUCAUAGGUAAUUUAAAAUGCACCCGCUUUUGUAUGUGUUUUUCAAAAAGUGUGAACUAGAUUGGGUGUGAUUGUAUAGAAAAAUCAAAAAACUUGUUAGUAUGUAAUAAUUAAAUUGCCUAUAAAAAUCGUCAAUAAUGUUUCGCUAGUAUUAAUAAGCAUGCUUGUUAUAUUUGUUUUAAAUUUGUGUUUUGUUUUGAAGUACAUAUUUUUUUUACUUAUUGGCUACUGAAAAAUUUUUUGUGGUUUAAUAUUUUAUUUACAAUUAUUAUAUCAAGCUUUGUAAUAUAGGCUUUAUAUAUUUACUUAAAUUAUUAUAAAUUUAAUUUUUAAAUAAAAGAUGUAUAACUCAAAAUGACUUA